AUGGCUUCUGACACGGAUGUUGCCUCAAGGCCCGACGGCGGUGCUGGCGAGAACAGACUCCAUCCACUCGACGCGCCUUCGACCCCGCAAGAUGUAGAUCUUGAUGUUGUCCUGCCGUCUUCACAACAGACCUUGCCCUCCACUGAGGGUCCUGCCUCGCCCAUCGAGCUCGGCCAAUCUUUCAAAACAGAAGUGAACGAUGAUCGCAUACCGUCCUCUUCCAUCAUACCUUCCUCAUUGACCCCGCCGCCAUCUUCCCAGGUUCCGUCAAACGGCGGCGGUGCCGCAACUGGUGCGCUCGGCUACGUGGCACAGCGAUCAGCCAUACUCUCUCCUCCUGUCACCGGUCUCAAUACCGUUCGCCCGCGCGAUGCUGCUGCUCCCUCUGGAGAAUACGUCCCGCCCACUCCCGCUCAGGUGGUAGAAGCAUCACCAGACGAGCUGAGAAGCAUGCUGCAGGCAUGCAUUGCCGAGCAUGCCAAAUUGAAGAUGGAGACCGCCCAUCACAAGCUACAGUUCAAUCUUCUCGCCCUCCAGGCGGAUGAGGAUGCAAAGCGUGCAGCUGUCGAGCACGAGAUGACUCGUCGCGAAGUUGAAGCACUUAGAAUGGCUGAACACUCACGGCAGGCACGCAGAGAGCUCAGCGCCGUCUCCGAAUCUGCACACGCCAAAUAUCUCCAACUCAAGGUCUGGUACGAUAGCGCCCUCGAGGAGAACGAUGCCCUUUCAAGGAGACUCAAGGCGGCCAAGAAAGUUAUCCAACAGAAAGAGGAGGAAACAUUUGGACUAACCGAGGAGCGUGACCUGCUCUUGACCCGUAUUCGCGAGAAUCGCGAGCACUUCCAUCAGCUCUGCAGUCCUGGCGGCAUGUUCCACGGAGCGCUGACUCCGAAAACACAGUCGGUCUCGACACCCGUCCAGUAUCGAGCCACGCCGCGUCAGACACCCAGAUCGGCUCAGCGUGACUCUCGCCCCGAGCGUGACCAUAACCAGGAGUCUCUUGCUGCGCUCCUACAAGUACUCAGCCAGGAAAAUAACAGUGCUCCUUCAACGCCCACAUCCGGCCAUCGCCCCGCCGCGCGCCUCCCGCCCAAGCACACCCGCGGUGUUCAGUCUCUGUCAUCUCUCCCUACCACACCUACUGCCCGCUCUCGUGGUGGCCAUGCUGGCCUGUUGCCAUCAGUCGACCUGGUCCCCCAGACUGAGCCCCCACGUCGCUAUAACCGUGGCUUCAUCCCAGAAACCCCGACGAAGACCCGAGAGCGUGGCCGCAAGAGCAGAGAAAGCACCAUCUCUGCGGACGACAACGAGGAGCUCGCCCGUCAAGCAUUGGAUGUUGCUGCAUCCUUGACAUCAAAAGGUUCUCAGGCGUCUCGCAGUUCCCGCCACCAACCCCGUCGGACCAAUGAGGAGGAGGACGAAGAAGAGGAGGAGGAGGUUUUCGAGAGCCAAGCCAGCCAAGCUGCAUCUGAAAUGCUACGACGUGACCCGCGCGAGAGCUUCGAGGUGGCCAGUUCGGUGGGUUCACGGGAUGGCACUCCGGUCCCUGCGGCAGCGGAGAAAAGUGCCAAGCUCCAAGCUCGGUUAUUUGCAGGGUUGAAUAAGGGCGGGAUGAACCAGGAGAAGCGCAAGUUCAGCAGCGGCAGUGGAGCCGACCUGGGUGAGGACAGUCGGCGGGAGAUGCUGACGAGCCCAACGAAAAAGCUCCGGAUGGCUGGUGGUCUACGGGAAGGCGGUUCACGUGUUGGUCUAGGGAUCCAGUAUAGUCAGGAGGCCUGA